GCGGACAGUUCCUUAGAUUGGCUUAGAUCAUUUCGAUCGCGAUAAAAAGAAACACAUGUGUACGUGUCGUAAGCUGUCAUAAUGAAUACCAAUCAGAUAAUUGCUCGCCGGAAUCUACAGGUUUAUGUAAAAAACACUUAAAAAUUUUAGGUCCACUAAAGUAAAGUUUAACCGAAGAAUGUAUUAUCUUCAAUUUUUACAUGAACAAAAGCACUUUCUAUUCGUAACUCGUAACCUUAAUAGUGCAACAUGUAGCAAUAGAAAGCUGUAUCCUUUUCAAGUGAUCGCACAAUUAUCAAAAUAAUCUUUUGUUCUGAGAUCCUAUGAUUUGCUAAUAUACUACUAAUCAUGUCUGAUAUAUCAAAUGAAGAGAAGUUUGAGACAGUUCAUAUAGAUCAUACGAUCUUUAAUGAUUCAGAAUUUGAUGAUGCGUUGGAUGUACCUGAUUUGGAUGGUACUGCUAAUGAAAAUGAUGAUACCGUUAACAUUCAUUCAAAGGAAGAUACUGACAAUAUAGAAUGGCAAGGUGUGAUACCUUUCUCUGCUAUACAUAACUUACCAAAAAAGUUUAAAAGUCAGAGCCGUAGUGUUUUUAUUCCUGGUGAACAAGUGCAUGUGAAGAUCAUAGAUACUGAACGUAGUGUAACAACGCAUCCUUUGAACCCAAAUUUGUACACAAUAGAAUUUAGUCAUGGUCCAUUCAGAUGGACGAUUAAGAAACGAUAUAAACAUAUUCAGUAUUUACACAAUCAAUUAAAAAUAUACCGUACUAGCUUGGAUAUACCUUUUCCAACUAAAGGUCAUAAACAGAGGAGAAGUAGUUUAAAAAGUUUAGGAGAUGUGAAAGAAAGAAAACGUCGUCGAGGUGCUCUGCCAAGGUUUCCGAAUAAGCCUGAUGUUCUGGUACCUUACGAGCAAUUAGAUCAUAGGAAGAAAGUGUUGGAGGAGUACUUAGCUAAUUUAUUAAAAAUAAAGCUUUACAGACAACAUCCAGAGACUAUCAACUUCUUAGAAAUCUCCCAUUUAUCAUUCAUAGCAGAUUUAGGAAUGAGAGGUAAAGAAGGACUUAUUUUGAAAAGAACUGGAUCAGGUGCAAAAACUAGAUGCAAUCUCUGUGGCUUGCUAGAAAGCGUGUCUUGUGUCACGUGCACUCAUUUGUGUACAUAUAUAUGUGGUAAAUGGCAUUCUCGACAUCUUAUUGUUAAAGAUACUUUCGUUGCCUACAUUAGACCAAAAGAUGGUAGCAUAAAAUCGGUAAUUUUAAUGGACCAUGGCUUUGGAAUUAGUUUUGGUCUCUACACAACAGGUUUAAGAAAUGGUAUGCAGAUAGUAAAUCUUAGCAGGCACAUAGUAAUCAAAUGUUGGACCAGAAGACAAGCUAAAGAAUGGAUGGAAUUUAUACAAGAACUUAGUAAUAAGGAAGGCCGAGAUUUUACGCAGUCGAACCCGCAUAACUCGUUUGCACCUUGUCGGUCGCCUGUACCAGCCACUUGGUUUGUCGAUGGAGCAAAUUACAUGUCUGCCGUAGCAGAUGCAUUGGAAAAUGCUAAAGAAGAAAUUUUUAUUGCUGACUGGUGGUUAUCACCUGAAAUAUUUAUGAAGAGGCCAGCUAUAAAUAGCGAUUAUUGGCGACUAGAUAAGAUCUUACAGAGAAAAGCUUUCGAGGGGGUGAAGGUAUUUAUAAUGAUUUAUAAAGAAGUGGAAGUCGCGCUAGGCAUAAACAGUUUCUAUAGUAAACAACAACUUGUAGAAAAAUGCCCCGACAACAUAAAAGUAUUGCGUCAUCCAGAUCAUGCGAGAGUAGGCGUGUUUCUUUGGGCGCAUCAUGAAAAAAUUGUAGUCGUUGAUCAAACUAUUGCAUUUCUUGGUGGCAUUGAUUUAUGCUAUGGUCGAUGGGACAAUAAUCAACACAGAUUAGUAGAUUUAGGUUCGACUCAUCAAUCUACUAUUUAUAUUCCAUCCAAAGGGAAACAAACAAAUACCAGCAGUAAAAAAGUAUCGUCUUCUAAAACACAGAAGCAUGUCAUGCUACCAUUAGCUAUCGCGACUAAUACAAUCGUACUGGCUACUACAAGAUCUAUACCUGUACGGCCAAUGAUAGACACUAGAACAACAAUGCAACUAGCACUGCCACAAUUAAAUCCUGAAGAUUUAAUUUUAAUGCAAUCACCAGAGACAUCUGAUACCGUAAAAUGUAAUACCCCGAAUACAGAGCGUAAAAAUCUAUUUGGCAUGGCUAAAGAUACUGUAGGCAAAGUGAAACAAAAUAUAAAAUUAAAAAGGCAGGAGCUGAUUAACAUGGUGUAUACUCCCCACGAGGAAAGCAGUGAUGAAGAAGAUACUGUGGAUUGCGCUACAGUAGAAACUCCAAUUGAAACUAAUGAAUCAAUGGUAAGUGACGAAGUAGACACAUUUUCGCAGUACCCAGGUACAGCUAAAUUAUGGCUCGGAAAGGAUUACACAAACUUUAUUGUUAAAGACUUUAAUGAUCUUGAGAAACCCUAUCAGGAUUUAGUAGAUAGGAGCACAACUCCUAGAAUGCCAUGGCAUGACAUGGGAGUUAUGGUCCAAGGUGCAUCAGCUAGAGAUGUUGCUAGACACUUUAUUCAGCGUUGGAAUGCGAUCAAAAUGGAGAAGGCGAAAUUGAAUCCAUGUUAUCCAUUUUUACUUCCAAAAUCGUAUAAAGACUGUCGAAGCUAUGCACCAUUUAUCGAAAAGGCAGCUGUACACAAUGUUAAAUGCCAAGUGUUAAGAUCAGUUAGCUCUUGGUCCGCUGGUUUUCUUGAUUCUCAAACCUUAGAACGAAGUAUACAAGAAGCUUAUAUCGACGCCAUCAGUAAGGCUGAAAGGUACAUAUACAUAGAGAAUCAAUUUUUUAUAACACUCACAUCUAUGGAACGAACAGCAGUAAAAAACCGUAUCGGAGAAACGCUAUAUAAACGAAUUUUAAGAGCUCAUCGCGAAGGCGCGGUAUUUAGAGUAUUUGUAAUAAUGCCUCUACUGCCAGGCUUCGAAGGAGAAGUUGGAGGAGCAAGUGGCACAGCCUUACGCGCUAUCACUCAGUGGAAUUACGCUUCCAUAUCGAGAGGCAAAGAUGCAAUUCUCAAUCGAUUGAUUGAAAAGGGAAUAGAAGAUCCUAGUGAAUAUAUUACAUUUCACGGUUUAAGGACACAUGCAAUGUUGAAUGGUACAUUGGUGACAGAGUUAAUUUAUGUUCACAGCAAGCUAUUAAUUGUAGAUGACAACACAGUCAUUUGUGGCUCCGCUAAUAUUAAUGACAGAAGCAUGCUAGCAACAAGGGACAGUGAGAUUGCAGUAAUAAUUCAUGAUCAAGAAUUUGAAGAUGGAAGGAUGAAUAAUAUAUCUUUCCCCUGCGGUAAAUUUGCGGGGUCGUUAAGAAAAGAAUUAAUGUCUGAACACUUAGGGCUACACAAGACAAAUGAAGAUAUAGACAUGACCGACAUAAUUAAGAAAUCAUUCUACAGAGACAUAUGGUGUGCCAGAAGUAAUCGAAAUACGGAAAUUUAUGAAGAAGUAUUUCACUGCAUUCCAACGGAUAAAGUCGUCAAUUUUUCUAUGUUGAAGUUGUAUCAGGAUGAGGAACCACUGUGUUCAUCAGAUCCACUUUUAGCUCAAGAAAUGGUGGAUGAAAUUAAGGGUCAUUUGGUAAAUCUGCCACAAAACUUUCUAUGUAACGAGGAUUUGAAACCUGCAGCUAGUACAGUAGAAGGUAUUAUGCCGACAGCUUUAUGGACAUAAAUGUUUCGUACUUAUAGUCAAGUACCCAUGAAACUUAGACAAGUUUUUUUUAUUAUAUCUCGCAAUCGGAUAGAAAUUGUUGUUAUUUAAUUCAUUGUCAAAAAGUACAAAAGAUUGCUUUAUAGUUGUGACUAAUUGUGAGUAUUUGAUUGAUCAUGUGAUUUAAAAAAAUAUGAAUGUGUACUAGGUAGGAAAUAAGGUAGCUACAGACUUUUUUUACAGAACUGGAAAGCAUUUAAUAAUAGCUUAUUUACAGUGUAAAUAUAGUAAUUGUACUUCAACAUUCCAGAAAGUCUACCUCUGUGAUGUUAGCAGAUUUUACUGUCAGUAGCAAUUACUGAUUUUAACCUAACUUUAUCUUCUUUUUUUUUAUUUAUAAUCAUUUAUAAUCAGCGCUCGAACGUCAUUCACAAUAAACGUAUAGGUUAGGAAUCCAACGGUUUAAAAGUUAAACAUUAAAACUUCCAUUUUUGUGAUCUAGGCAUCAAAAUGUACUAAAUGGUAUACAAAAAAAAAGUCAAUAAUUUUUAGUACCCAGAAGUAAAGUUCAGCUAACAUAUACGUUUCAAAUGAGAUUCUAAUGCGGCUUUUUAAUCAUAUCACUUUUUUUUUAUCACGAAUUCUAUUUUGUAAUGUUAUUUAUUAGUACUCUGGGCGAUACAUAUAAUAAAAACAGUGUGCAACCUAAAUAGCUUCUUUUUUGUUUGCUCUUUAAUAAAUCAUUUUAAUUUAAUUCACCAUGACAUGCUACAGUAUUGCUACUUCAUGUAUUUACGUUUUACCUUCGCGCGCAGCUUUGUUCGCGUAAAGUGUUCAAAUUAAGAGUACUCUACGUCAAAGUAAGUAAAUGUUAAUAUAUUUAAAAAAUUGCAGUUGCAAUCAGUUUUUCAACUAUCAUUUUAUCCAACAUAGUUGUGUAAUCGUAU